GCCGGAGCAGACAGCACAGUUGACUCGCACACGGCUGACCAACAUGGGCAACUUGAAGAGUGUGGGCCAAGAGCCUGGGCCGCCUUGCGGCCUGGGGCUUGGCCUGGGCCUCGGGCUGUGUGGCAAACAGGGCCCGACCUCCCCAACAUCAGAGCCAAGCCGGGCACCAGAAACCCCAUCUCAGACUCCACCAACACCAGCGCCAGAUCACAGCCCCCCACUAACCCGGCCCCCAGAUGGACCCAAGUUCCCUCGAGUGAAGAACUGGGAAGUGGGCAACAUCACUUAUGAUACCCUCAGUGCGCAAGCUCAGCAGGACGGGCCCUGCACCCCAAGACGCUGCCUAGGAUCGCUUGUAUUUCCAAGGAAGCUACAGGGCCGGCCCUCCCAGGGCCCUUCGCCCACUGAACAGCUGCUGGGUCAGGCCAGGGACUUCAUCAACCAGUAUUACAGCUCCAUCAAGAGGAGUGGCUCCUUGGCCCAUGAGCAGCGGCUCCAGGAGGUGGAGGCGGAGGUGGCUGCUGCAGGCACCUACCAGCUCCGGGAGAGUGAACUGGUGUUUGGGGCCAAGCAAGCCUGGCGCAACGCUCCCCGCUGUGUGGGCCGCAUCCAGUGGGGAAAGCUGCAGGUGUUUGAUGCCCGGGAUUGCAAGACUGCACAGGAAAUGUUUACCUACAUCUGCAACCACAUCAAGUAUGCUACCAACCGAGGCAACCUUCGCUCGGCUAUCACAGUGUUCCCCCAGCGCUGUCCCGGCCGGGGAGAUUUCCGGAUCUGGAAUAGCCAGUUGGUUCGAUACGCUGGCUACAGGCAGCAGGAUGGCUCUGUGCGGGGAGACCCUGCCAACGUGGAGAUCACUGAGCUCUGCAUGCAGCACGGCUGGACCCCAGGAAAUGGCCGCUUCGAUGUGCUGCCUCUGUUGCUCCAGGCCCCCGAUGAAGCUCCAGAACUCUUCACUCUGCCCUCAGAGCUGGUCCUUGAGGUGCCCCUGGAGCACCCCACCCUGGAGUGGUUUGCCUCCCUUGGUCUACGCUGGUAUGCCCUCCCAGCUGUGUCCAACAUGCUACUGGAAAUUGGGGGCCUGGAGUUCCCUGCGGCCCCCUUCAGCGGCUGGUAUAUGAGCUCAGAGAUCGGCAUGAGGGACCUGUGUGACCCGCACCGCUACAACAUUCUGGAGGACGUGGCCGUCUGCAUGGACCUGGACACCCGGACAACCUCAUCCUUGUGGAAAGACAAGGCGGCGGUGGAAAUUAACGUGGCCGUGCUGCACAGUUAUCAGCUGGCCAAAGUGACCAUCGUGGACCACCAUGCUGCCACCGCCUCCUUCAUGAAGCACCUGGAGAACGAACAGAAAGCCAGGGGGGGAUGCCCUGCCGACUGGGCCUGGAUCGUGCCCCCCAUCUCAGGCAGCCUCACUCCUGUCUUCCAUCAAGAGAUGGUCAACUAUUUCCUUUCUCCCGCCUUCCGUUACCAGCCAGACCCCUGGAAGGGAAGUGCAGCCAAGGGCACUGGCAUCACCAGAAAGAAGACCUUUAAGGAAGUGGCCAACGCAGUAAAGAUCUCGGCAUCGCUGAUGGGCACGGUGAUGGCAAAGCGUGUGAAGGCCACCAUCCUGUAUGGCUCGGAGACUGGCCGGGCCCAGAGCUACGCGCAGCAGUUGGGGAGGCUCUUCCGGAAGGCGUUUGACCCCCGGGUCCUGUGCAUGGAUGAGUAUGAUGUGGUGUCCCUAGAGCAUGAGGCGCUGGUGUUGGUGGUGACGAGCACAUUUGGAAAUGGGGAUCCCCCAGAGAAUGGAGAGAGCUUUGCAGCCGCACUGAUGGAGAUGUCAGGCCCCUACAACAGCUCCCCACGGCCAGAGCAGCACAAGAGUUACAAAAUCCGCUUCAACAGUGUCUCCUGCUCAGACCCACUGGUGUCCUCUUGGCGACGGAAGAGGACAGAGUCCAGCAACACAGACAGUGCAGGAGCCCUGGGCACCCUCAGGUUUUGUGUGUUCGGGCUGGGCUCCCGGGCGUAUCCCCACUUCUGUGCCUUUGCUCGGGCGGUGGACACGAGGCUGGAGGAACUUGGCGGAGAGCGGCUGUUGCAGCUGGGCCAGGGUGACGAGCUAUGUGGCCAGGAGGAGGCCUUCCGCGGCUGGGCCCAGGCUGCCUUCCAGGCCGCCUGUGAGACUUUCUGUGUGGGAGAGGAUGCCAAGGCCGCUGCCCAGGAUAUCUUCAGCCCCAAACGCAGCUGGAAGCGCCAGAGGUAUCGUCUGAGUGCCCAGGCGGAGGGCCUCCAGUUGCUGCCAGGCCUGACCCAUGUGCACAGGCGGAAGAUGUUCCAAGCUGAGAUCCUCUCUGUGGAAAACCUGCAGAGCAGCAAAUCUACCCGGGCCACGAUCCUGGUGCGUAUGGACGCUGGACACCAGGAGGGGCUGCAGUACCAGCCAGGGGACCACAUAGGUGUGUGCCCACCCAACCGGCCAGGCCUCGUGGAGGCCCUACUGAGCCGCGUGGAGGACCCACCACCACCCAUGGAGCCCGUGGCAGUGGAGCAACUGGAAAAGGGCAGCCCUGGUGGCCCUCCGCCGGGCUGGGUGCGGGACCCUCGGCUACCCCCUUGCACGCUACGGCAGGCUCUCACCUUCUUCCUGGACAUCACUUCCCCACCCAGCCCUCGCCUCCUUCGACUUCUCAGCACUCUGGCCGAGGAGUCUGCUGAGCAGCAGGAGCUGGAGGUCCUCAGCCAGGACCCAAGGCGCUAUGAGGAGUGGAAGUGGUUCCGCUGCCCCACGCUGCUGGAGGUGCUGGAGCAGUUCCCAUCCGUAGCACUGCCCGCCCCGCUGCUCCUCACCCAGCUGCCCCUGCUCCAGCCCCGGUACUACUCGGUCAGCUCAGCGCCCAGUGCCCACCCAGGAGAGAUCCACCUCACUGUGGCUGUGCUGGCGUACAGGACCCAAGACGGGCUGGGUCCCCUGCACUACGGAGUCUGCUCCACGUGGCUGAGCCAACUCAAGGCAGGAGACGCGGUGCCCUGCUUCAUCAGGGGGGCUCCUUCCUUCCGGCUACCACCUGAUCCCAACUUGCCCUGCAUCCUGGUGGGCCCAGGGACUGGCAUUGCCCCCUUCAGAGGAUUCUGGCAGGAGCGACUACAUGACAUUGAAAGCAAAGGGCUGCAGCCCGCCCCCAUGACUUUGGUGUUCGGCUGCCGAUGCUCCCAACUCGACCAUCUCUACCGCGAGGAGGUGCAGGACGCCCAGCAGCGCGGAGUGUUUGGCAACGUCCUCACCGCCUUCUCCAGAGAUCCCGGCAGCCCCAAGACCUACGUGCAGGACAUCCUGAGGACUGAGCUGGCCGCCGAGGUGCACCGCGUGCUGUGCCUCGAACGAGGCCACAUGUUUGUCUGCGGCGAUGUCACCAUGGCAACCAGCGUGCUGCAGACGGUGCAGAGAAUCUUGGCGACAGAGGGCGACAUGGAGCUGGACGAAGCGGGUGACGUCAUCGGCGUACUGCGGGAUCAGCAACGCUACCACGAGGACAUUUUCGGGCUCACGCUGCGCACCCAGGAGGUGACAAGUCGCAUACGCACCCAGAGCUUUUCUCUGCAGGAGCGGCAGCUGCGGGGUGCAGUGCCAUGGGCGUUUGACCCGCCUGUUCCAGACACCCUCGGUUCCUGACAACCCUGUAGCUUUCCACACCAGCUCCCUGAGAGGGCCUGCAGCUGCGGCUCUCGGUGGGCCUAUCAAGGCCAGCCGCCUCCCCCUCCACUCUCGAGGUGCCCGAGGCUGUGGACAUCCAGUUUCAUCCCCAUCGCACCACAGGCCCAGAAGAACUCUCUCUCCUCUCUCCAAGCCCAGUUCACCUGCCCAGGGAGGGGUCUGCCUUCCAGAAGGCCCCUCCCACAAUGGUAUCAGGGUCUCCUGUUGCCCCCUUGCUGUGCCUUAGGUGAACUCCCUGUACCCCUCUCCCGAGUUACUAGCUUUAAAGUAUGUAAGUCAUUCAAGUAUUUAUUGAAGAUUUUUCAUGAGACCUA